GGGGCGGGGAAGAAGCCGGAAGUUGAGUGAGCUCAGGCAGUCGCUAUGGAGGAGAGCGAGUACGAGUCGGUUCUCUGUGUCAAGCCGGAGGUCCACGUCUACCGCAUCCCGCCGCGGGCCACCAACCGUGGCUACAGGGCCUCAGAAUGGCAGCUAGACCAGCCAUCGUGGAGUGGCCGGCUACGGAUCACUGCAAAAGGGAAGGUGGCCUACAUCAAGCUGGAAGACAGGACUUCAGGGGAGCUCUUUGCGCAGGCCCCAGUGGACCAGUUUCCCGGCUCAGCCGUGGAGAGCGUGACUGACUCCAGCAGGUACUUUGUGGUCCGCAUUGAAGAUGGAAACGGGCGACGUGCUUUUAUUGGGAUUGGCUUUGGGGACCGAGGGGACGCCUUUGACUUCAAUGUGGCGUUACAAGACCAUUUCAAGUGGGUGAAACAGCAGAGUGAGUUUGCAAAGCAAGCCCAGAACCCAGACGAAGGCCCCAAACUGGACCUGGGCUUCAAGGAGGGCCAGACCAUCAAGAUCAACAUCGCAAACAUGAGAAAGAAGGAAGGAACAGCUGGGACCCCAAGAACCAGGCCUGCCAGCACAGGAGGGCUGAGCCUGCUUCCCCCUCCUCCAGGGGGCAAGACCGCCACCCUCAUCCCUCCCCCUGGGGAGCAGUUGUCUGUGGGGGGCUCUCCAGUCCAGCCAGCGGUUGUUUCUGGUUCAGGUGGUGCCACAGAACCCUGGCCACAGUCUAAGCCUGCUGCCGCCACGACUGCUGAUGUCUGGGGCGACUUCACCAAAUCCACAGGGCCGCCCUCCAGCCAGUCUCAGCCAGGCACCGGCUGGGUCCAGUUUUGAUGCACAACUUUUUCUUCACAACUUCUGGGAAGAAGCUGCCUCAUCAGGCCCACAGAAGGAGGCAAAGCGCUCCCUGGCUGGACCCUGGAGCAUCGC